CCGAGUGGUCUGUCCUACCCGGACUGCUGGAAGCGGCCGCAACGCCAUGUUGGCGAAGUCUCUCAUCUCUCCGGAAAAAUGAUUGAAAACAGACUUAUCCAGAAAAGAAGGUACAUCACCGAGUGAGGUUUAAUAUCGUUGCGAGUAUUUCUUUCAAAGGAUAGGAACCGAGCCGGAUCCGCGAAGGCUCCGGACGGGCGAGGGAGGCUAAACCUCCCACCGUCCCCAUGAAUUGUACCGCUGAUCCAAGCAGCGACUUUCCAUGAAAAAAGACGCCCGUGUUGCUAUUCGAGCUUCGUUUUCCCAGUCCGGGGCCUGCUACAAGAAUCAGCUGCGCUUGCUGUAUGUAUGCAAAGUAGGCGUCAUUUCUACCUGUAUUUAUUAGACGCGUUGUUUUUAUUUGUCGGGUUUUUGCGAUGAGUUUGCCACCGAAAGUGGUCCCCAAACCCGCUGUUGUCGCAGUUAGCGGACCUGGAAGUGGCCCCUCUCCGUCGAGCCAACUGCGGGCUACCCUGACCUCCGUGUCUCUGCCGCCGGGAGCCCCAACAGCCCCACAGCCCGGCGCCGUACCACCACCACAAAUUCCACGAGGUCCGCCAUCACUGGAUGAACGGAUCUUCCCCACACAGCCUGGAGUCGCUGCUGUAUAUAGUGUAUCCAGGCAUGCUGGUCCACCUUACACAGCUCACGACAUCACAAAGGGACACCCUAACUUGGCGGGUACCCCACCUGGUCAUGCCCACUCGCCCGCUCUCUCUCAGGUAUCAGUACCCACAGCUUCCCCAUAUCGCUACCCUAAGGGCUGGGAGGCAGGCGCAGGGUCUCCAUACAACCCUGGGCAGAAUGCUGGCUCCGCCCCUCUAGUUUAUUCUCCUCAGACGCAGCCAAUGAACGCACAGCCACAGAGUCGCCCGUUUGCCACGGGCCCUCGACCAACCCACCAUCAGGGAGGAUUCAGGCCCAUUCAGUUUUUCCAGAGAACACAGAUGCAGACGGCACGCCCCACCAUUCCUACAAACACUCCUGCCAUUCGUCCUGGAUCACAGACCCCCACAGCAGCUGUCUACCCCACUAAUCAAGCGAUCAUGAUGACCAUGGCGCCGAUGCCUUUCCCUUCCCCGCAGGCUGCUCAGUACUACAUCCCUCAGUAUCGCCACAGUACUGCUUAUGUGGCCCCGCCUCAGCAGUAUUCUGUACAGCCCCCUGGGUCUGGUACCUUCUACCCUGGGCCUGGGCCUGGGGACUACCCGGCACCAUAUCACCCCCUCAGGUACCACCCACCUGUCUCACCCUCGGUUCCUGCUCCAGUUCCUACAGCUGGGCCACCCUUCUACCCAGGACAGACUGUGUACCCUGCCUCACCCCCCAUCAUAGUGCCUACGCCACAGCAACCUCCACCAGCAAAGCGCGAGAAGAAAACAUCCUCCCAGAUCCGUAUCCGUGACCCCAAUCAGGGUGGCAGGGACAUCACUGAGGAAAUCAUGGCGGGAGGUUCAGGGAGCAGGAACUCAACUCCUCCUGUCAGUCGGCCGUCCUCUACCCCGACACCACCACAGCAACUGAGCAGCAGCCAGAGUCCAGAGCAGCAGCCUUCACUGCUGCAGCCUCCCCAGCCCCUGCAGCCCCAUCCUGUCGUCUACCCGCUGGAGAUGCCACAGUUGCCACAACAUCAGCUUCCAUUGACUACCGGAGCUAUAGACACCAAACUGAGGCCAGACGAUUCGCCAAAAAUGGAGCCAAUUAUUGUCAAGACGUCUUCCCCACCCGGACUUGUGCCGCCAGAAACUCCUCCUGAGCUACCCGAGGCUGACUCUCCUGUUACUGAGCCUUCCUCUGCUGAACCAGAGCUCCCAUUCCCGCCUGCUCUGAUCGCUCCCACGAAUCUCCCACUAACUGUGGCCAACACCAGUGAUCGUCCAUCACCUCGGGAGUCUGCUGCUUUAGCCUCCUCCUCCUCUUCUUCAUCGUCCUCUUCCUCAUUAGCUGGAGAACAGAGAACCUCCUCAAUAUCAAAUCAGAUUUCCAACACGGAUAAACUCGUUUCUGAUGCCUCAAGGACUCUGCCCGUCUUGACAGUGCCAGCUUCCAAGGCUUUAAAUGGACUUACGCACUCUGCGUCUGAUCUGGAAACACCAGUUCUCGAGCCUUCUCUAAUCUCUCCGGUGGCACCACAGACCCUGGCCUCCGCGCCUGAGUACCGCGAGGCCUGCGCCACAGAAACUUUGCCUGCAAACAUCAGGCCAGAGGUUCCCAUUGCUGCUGAAAUUAGCCCAAUGGCACCGGUUGCUGUAGUGCCAGUCACGCUGACCUCAAACUCUUCUCCGGUUUUGCCACUUAUGGUUCCACCCGGCCUGCCGCCUUUAGUCCAGGCCACAACCGACGAAUUUAGCAAGUCCCUGGACAGUAGAGACCCUGUUCCACUGCUGGGAGGCAUAACAGAGAGUAAAGCAGAGUCCCAGCAGCAUCUGCUCUCCAAAAAGAACACUGCAGUGAAUCAGACCGUAUCAUCAAUACCAAAGACCUGGAGGAAACCAAAUGAAGGAAUCUCUGCAGAAGACGCACCUCAAAAACAAAAUGGGGAUGAACCCAGGCCAGUUAAUCAGCCUGCAGCGGACCAGGUUUUGCAAUCGGCUCUUCUGAGCAGCAGUAGCCCGGUGUCCCUGCCAUCUGUCUACACCGCCACCCUUGCUUCAGCCCGUGCCAGCAGCCCCGAUGCUGACGAAAAGCCCCCCACCCCUGAGGAAAAUGGAGAUGCUGAGCUGGAACCGAUGAGGAAUGGAGCAGGCCACACCUCGGAGACAGAGAGCAGUGACAGUGGAGUCACAUCCGGGGAAAAGGAGAACUCCACCGGGGCAUCACAGGACAUUGAAGACCUCGCCGAGCCCAAUGGGAAACGUCAAUAUGCCCGGGACUUCCUCUUGGGUUUCCAGUUCAUGCCGGCGUGCAUUCAGAAACCCGAGGGGCUCCCGCCAAUCAGUGAUGUAGUGCUUGAUAAGAUGAACCAAAACAAGCUGCCGCCUCGUGCUGUGGAUUCCAGGGUGAUUUCCAGAGGACCUGACUUCACACCUGCCUUUGCUGAUUUUGGCAGACAGAUCACCGGAGGACGAGGAGCACCUCUCAUGAACAUGGGGCCGCGGCGACCCCCUCCCAGAAAGAUCAUCAUGAAUGUGAGCGUAAAUGAUGAGAUUCAGUUGAAAAAGUCUGAAAACGCCUGGAAGCCUGGUCUGAAAAGAGAAAAUGCUCAAGAGGAUCCAGAGACACAAAAAACACUGGAACUUCUCAGGAAGGUUCGCAGCAUCUUGAAUAAGCUAACGCCUCAGAAGUUUAAUGAGCUAAUGAAGCAGGUCACAGGUCUGACCAUCGACACAGAGGAGAGAUUAAAAGGGGUUAUCGACCUGGUUUUUGAGAAGGCCAUCGAUGAGCCCAGCUUCUCUGUGGCCUACGGUAACAUGUGUCGCAGUCUGGCCAACCUCAAAGUGCAAAAAGCAGACAAAUCCAACUCAGUCAAUUUCCGUAAGCUACUUCUGAUCCGCUGCCAGAAGGAGUUUGAGAAAGACAAGAUGGAUGAUGUGGUGUUUGAGAGGAAGCAGAAAGAGCUGGAGGCUGCUGCGUCGUCAACUGAGCGCGAGCAGCUCCAGCAGGAGCUGGAGGAAGCCAAGGACAAAGCAAGACGACGAUCUAUCGGCAACAUCAAGUUCAUUGGUGAGCUGUUCAAGCUGAAGAUGUUGACGGAACCCAUCAUGCACGACUGUGUGGUCAAGCUGCUGAAGAACCAUGACGAGGAGUCUCUUGAGUGCCUUUGCAGACUGCUGACCACCAUCGGCAAAGACUUGGAUUUUGAGAAAGCCAAGCCCCGAAUGGAUCAGUAUUUCAAUCAGAUCGAAAAAAUAGUCAAGGAAAGAAAAACCUCUUCUCGAAUCCGGUUCAUGCUACAGGACGUUAUCGAUCUACGAUUGCACAACUGGGUGUCCAGACGAGCCGAUCAAGGCCCAAAAACCAUCGAGCAGAUCCACAAAGAAGCAAAAAUUGAAGAGCAGGAGGAGCAAAGGAAAGUGCAGCAGCAGCUUCUCUUCAAGGACAGCAAGCGACGACCGGAUCCUCGAGACCAGAGGGAUCAGCGUGUGCAGCGGGAAGAGACCUGGAACACUGUGCCCAUGACCAAGAACAGCAGGACUAUUGACCCUAACAAAAUCCCUAAAAUCUCAAAGCCUCAGAUGGAUGAGAAGAUCCAGCUCGGACCACGGGCUCAAGUCACAUGGGUAAAGGGCAGCAGUGGCGGGGCCAAAGCCAGUGACUCAGCAGAAUUGUCCAGGACGGGCAGUAGCCUGAACCGAUACUCUGCUCUCCAGGCUUCUCAACUCCCCUCAACUCCUCCUCAGAACCAGGACUUUGAUUCAAGGAGAACUCUAGGAAGCACUCGCAACAGUGCACCAAGAGAGCGCAGCGAGAAGCCGCUGAUCGCUGCAUCGCCAUCUUCACGGCAGGUCUCUUUUAUGAGAGGCGACAAUUUGAAAGAGCUGGUGGAGAAUCAAUCACCUGAGGUGCAGCGAAGAGACCGGGAGCUCGCUGAGCCACGCAGACCAAGUGUUACUGAAGAGAAAACUGAAUUUGAGCGGAGCACAUUGUCAGAAGUGUUGGCGCAGACUCCAGGUCGACCUGUGCUUUCAGAGGAGGAGAUCCUGAGAAAGUCGAAAUCCAUCAUUGAUGAGUUUCUCCACAUUAAUGAUUACAAGGAAGCAGUUCUGUGUGUGGAUGAGCUGGAUUUAGGGCCCCAGCUGCACUUUUUUGUACAAGUUGGUGUGGAGUCAACCCUGGAGCGCAGUCAGAUGGCACGGGACCACUUGGGUCAACUCUUCUUCCAAUUGGUGCAGAAGGGAAUCCUGCCCAAGUCCCAGUUCUACAAAGGUUUCUCUGAGACGCUGGAGCAGGCGGACGAGAUGGCCAUCGACAUUCCUCAUAUCUGGUUGUACCUGGCAGAGCUACUCAGCCCGGUGUUAAAAGAUGGAUGCUUCUCUAUGAGAGAGCUCUUUAGUGAAUUAAGCAAACCUUUGCUUCCUGUUGGAAGAGCUGGAAUCUUAAUUUCCGAAAUAUUGCACAUACUAUGCAAACAAAUGAGCCAUAGGACUGUGGGUUCUUUAUGGAGAGAAUCCAGCCUCAGCUGGUCCGACUUCCUACCUGAGGGAGAAGAUGUUCAGGCUUUUAUCUCAAAGCAGAAAUUGCAGUCCAUCUUGUCGGACAGCUCCAGCACCGAGACAACCUUGAUAAGAAGAGUUCUGUCUCCUGAGGAGCUCAGCUGCCAGCUGGAGAGACUCCUCCUAGAGGAAAUGGCCAGUGACGAGCAGAUCUUUGACUGGGUAGAGGCAAACCUGGACGAAUCUCAGACCAGCACGUCUCCCUUCCUGAGGGCUUUGAUGACAGCCGUGUGUAAAGCUGCAGUAAAAGAUGAAAACACCAACUGUCGGGUGGACACGGCUAUCAUCCAGAGAAGAUUGCCCGUAUUACUCAAGUACCUUAACUCAGACACUGAGCGACAGCUGCAAGCACUUUAUGCACUUCAGGCACUGAUAGUUUCCCUCGAUCAACCUCCAAAUCUUCUCCGGAUGUUCUUUGACUGUCUGUAUGAUGAGGACGUAAUUUCGGAGGAUGCUUUCUACAAGUGGGAAUCGAGCAAGGACCCCGCGGAACAGCAGGGCAAAGGUGUUGCUCUUAAAUCAGUGACGGCGUUCUUCACUUGGCUGCGGGAGGCCGAGGAGGAAUCGGAGGACAAUUGAUGAGCACCCGGCCCCUGGAACUCCAUAGUACAACUUCAUUUUUAGAUCUGAACAAACAUUCAAAAUGGAUGUGCAGGCAGGACGACUUGUUUACGGCUGGAAUUUUUUUGGGUUCUGCGGUACGGUUCUGAAACUUGCCACCAUUUUGAGUUUGAAUUCCAAUGGCGGAAGCACUAAAAACCUGUAUUAUACAUAGAAAAUAUUUUUGUUUUAAAAUUUAACUUUUUUGUUACUUUUUAAGAAAAGGCUUAAAAAUACAUAGGUUAUGAACUGUUUAAUUUAUUAUUUUUUUAAGGACUGCAAAAAUGGAAAACGACAACAGAAUAACAAUAUAAUAAUUAUAAUAACAAAAUAUUAAUUAUAAAUAAAUAGCCUCCCUGGAUUCUACACUGUUUGGUUUAAAACAGGGUACCACAAGUUUAUUUUGGGAUGAAGGGGAAGCUGAUACAAAAAAAAAAAAAAAAAAAAGGAGUGGAUGCACAGAGACUGUUGAUAUUGUAUGAUGUUUGGGAUCAGAGGCUCUGUUCUGAUAUUAUCCCAGAAGUGAUCCAUCAGCCUUGGCUUGCUCUUCUGUACAUACACCUCUGGAGAGGUAAACGUAUGCAUUCACCGAGGCGAUGCAAGCCACCACAGAACUGUCCUGCACAGACUGACCAGGCGAACACGAUGUAAUGUGCAAAAUACAAAAAAAAUGGAAAAAAAAGCAACUGGCCAAGGAUGCUGAUCUCGUAAUCGCUUGUAACACUUCAGACCUACAGAACCGACUAAAGCUUGUAAA